AUGAACCAAAAUUUAUCAAUCACUCAAUCUUUGGCCAAAAAUAGUACUAAAGCUAGUGCUCUUUACAAAACCCGCCUCACUUACUCACUUAGAUGCUUGAGAUUUCUUUUGCGACAAGGUUUGGCAUUUUAUGGCCACGAUGAAAGUGAAAUGUCAGAUAACAAAGGGAAUUUUAAAGAGCUUUUGUUAUGGCUUGCGGAAAAUGAUAAAAAGGCUAAGAAAGUUGUCUUGAAGAGUGCCCCAGGAAACAAUCAAAUGAAUGCUCCUUCCAUUCAGAGAGAACUUAUUAAUUGUUGUGCCAAAGAGACUACUAAGCUCAUUAUCGAAGAUUUCGGUGAUGAGUUUUUUGUAAUCUUAGCCGAUGAGUCGAGUGAUAUAUCCCAACAGGAGCAAUUAGCCCUUUGUGUGCGUUAUGUCUGUAAACAAGGGAGGGCUUGUGAGCGAUUUAUUGGUAUUGUGCAUGUUGAGGACACAUUUGCUUUGUCACUUAAGAAAGCAAUUGAGUCCUUACUUAUGGAGCAUUCUUUAAGUUUGUCUAAAGUUCGUGGUCAAGGUUAUGAUGGAGCUAGCAACAUGAGGGGUGAAAUAAAUGGGUUAAAAACUGUGGUUAUGAAUGAUAGUCCUUCUGCUUACUACAUUGUUUCGGACAUCAACUUCAAUUGA